AUGGAAAAUCGCUCCAAGGGUGCAGGCGGGUGGUUUGUCAGUGGAGCAACCGGUGGCAAAAAUGUAGCACUCAAAAGAACGCUGGAAAUUAUUGAGGAACAAAAAAUGUUAUUUGCUGAAGGAGGGCAAGAGAAGUGGCAGAAAUCACACAGUGCUUUAGCAAUUCCAGCAGUUCUUGAAAUCGACCAAUUGCAAUCAAAUAAAAUUGCUGAUGCUUCUAAUCUAAAUGUCACAAAAUCAUGGAAUAAACAACGAGUACCACUAAUAACAUCUUCUAUGUCGUCUACACCAUCUCAGAACUCUACAGCCGAAGACAUCUCAGCGUCGCAUGACCGAUCUCUAGCUUUGUCUUCCAGUUCUAUGCAAGGAUCAGUAACUGUUCUGAAGAAUAUAGGAGUGCUAAUGUCUAUGAUGUAUCUCCUGAAUAAUAGCACUGGAAGAAGAAUGUCGCACAGAUUAAGUGCCACCGAUGAAAUAAAUUUCAACGUUAAGCGACACCGCAAAAUGCGACUUAACGUAGGAGCAAGAAGACAUACUCAGCGUCGAUGGAAAACGACAAGCAUGGCAUUAGGUGGCUUUGGUAAAUCUUGA